GUGUUGGGCACGCAAACCUAUUUCCCCAGUAGCGAUAGAUUAGUGUGACAUUACAGGUGGAUAAAGGACGAUGUAAUGGUUCAGACAGUGGGAAAGGAACCAUGGGAGUUAGAUUUUUACGCGGUCUCCUUUUCGUCGCCCUGACAGCUUGGUCAUUAGGAGACGAUGGACAGGUGACGUUUGUAUCAGAGCUCUCGUCCAAACCAGCUCAGAAGUUGUCAAAGUACGCCUGGUACGGCAACGUGAGGUUGCAGAGGUUUCAUAUACCGGAGGAGACUGCCAUCGCUCGCUGGCUGUUCUCCGUCACCAAGGGCCACAGCUUCAAUUGUGGACAGCACAAUGUCACCAUCCAUAUCCGAUGGGGUGCCCCUCCAGUUAUAAACCCGAUAGGCUUGACAUUUCCUAAUGCAACCCUCUGGAGCCCCUGUCUGUCUCUGACCCUACCGGUAACAUCACACAGCUCCACAACCUUUAACCUCUCCAACCCUGCUCCUGGCGAUUGGUACGUCGCAGCCCACUUGCCUGAGGAUGAUGGGCGCAUAGAGCAAAAGGGUUUUCCAUCCUGCUCCUAUUUCUUCCAGCCUCAGCUAUCAAUCAGGGAAGCGGUGGACACACCCAUUUUACAGCAGGGCACAUUCCUCCAACAGACCGCAGCCCCUGACAGACCUGCACGCCUUAAGGUGUAUGUGCCCGAGUUUGCCUCGUCUCUCUCCGUCUCUGUGGCUGACUGUUUGUCAGGGGAGGGAGCAGACAGUGGGAACUGUUCACUGGUCCUCAGGCUCGGCUCCUCCUCUCUGCAGCGGGGCCCAGUAACCGUGAACUGCUCAGGGAUUGGCUGCUCUGCAGUGCUCUCUCACCCAUCUUGGGACACCUGGCUACGAGUUGUUGUUGAGAGCAGCAAAGACAACCGUACUGUAACGUUUAGCAUCGUCUCAAACUAUACAGUGGGAUGUAAGCCAAAAAGUGUAGGCCUUAAGGCAGAUGAUGCCUUCCAUAAGCUCCGUGGCAAAAGCAGCUAUACCAACUCAACAUCAGCAGGCAACAGCUCAUUGGGUACAGACACAGUCGCCUUUAAUAACAAACCAGUAUUCCCUUUUCCGCCGUUGUUGGCAUCGGCGUGUGUGUGGAGAAUCCCCGUGCUCUACGAGGAGGUGGAUGUUCUGUCGCUCCGAUUCACCCCCGUCAACGGACCCAACGUCAGCGUUACAAAUACACACCCCACACUACUCACCUACCCCCUGCACACACAGGCCACUGGUGGUACACUUAACCUGCAGCUCACACUCAACACGACUAAUGCGAUCCUGGGGAACAGCAGCAGUGUGGUGGCCUGUCUCUCUCAAUGGGCUCCAGUCCUCGACCUCAACCACUCUCAACCCUGUCGCACAGAUUUGUUUAGAGGAUAUGGUGUUCACGUGAAUGCAAGCGUUCCUAAAGCUGUGGUCAGGCUCCCAUUCCCGCAGUCAACAACAUGGUACCUCACCCUGCAGCUCACAUGCAACAGCAGUGACUGUGGUAAUAUAUCAGUGGUGUAUGUGGUCCCAGAGGUGUCUGUCACUGCCUGUGUAGAGGACUGUGGGACACAUGGUGAAUGUAGACUACUUAGAUCCUACAGCUACCUUUAUGGUGCCUGUGUCUGCAAGGCUGGCUGGAAUGGUUGGGGCUGCACUGAUGAUUCAACCGCUCAGUCAUACAGUCGCCAGUUGAUGGCAACUCUGUUGCUCACUCUCAGUAACCUGUUCUUCCUGCCUGCCAUCGUGGUGGCCAUCAAGCGCUGCUACAUCACUGAGGCAUCCGUCUACCUUAUCACAAUGUUCUUCUCCACGUUCUACCAUGCAUGUGACCAGCCUGGUGUAGCCGUACUGUGCAUAAUGGACUACGAUACCCUUCAAUACUGUGACUUCCUGGGGUCUAUCUGUUCCAUCUGGGUCACCAUCCUGUGCAUGGCUCGCAUCAGAGACACAUUCAAAUAUACACUGUUCAUGCUUGGGGCGCUGCUGAUUGCCAUGUCAAUGCAACUGGACCGCAAAGGCCUGUGGAACCUGCUGGGCCCCAUCCUCUGCGCAUUCCUGAUAAUGGCCACUACAUGGGUGUACCGAGGGGUGCGGCGUCGACAUUGUUACCCGCCUUCUUGGCAACGCUGGGUCCUCUACUUGAUCCCCGGGGGAACCUGUGCUCUGAUUGGGGUAUGCUUGUACAUUUUUGCCGAGACAGAGAACAACUACUACUACACACACUCGGUGUGGCACGUGCUGGUGGCCAGCUGUGUGGUGUUCCUAUUGCCGCCAAAGGAGAAGGACAAGGAGGCGUUGGGCCGGAGCUGGAAUUUGAGCUGGAGACCCCGGGUUUGCGGGUACACUCUCUGUCAGAGCCGCAAGGAAGAACUCUACACUGUCACAUAGUGGGAUAAUAGAUGCUGUAAGGAAGCAAAGGCCCUUAAUAUUGAUUGUUAGACAGCUCUAUAAGCAUUACAGACACAAGGUGUUGACAAAAUUUUACAAUGUCUUUAAGAGUUCUGACCCUUCAAAGUUUCUUAGCGUCUUGAAUAAUGCAUUUUAAAAUCAAAUUUAGACCCACACCGAUCAGCCACAACAUUAAACCACCUGCGUAAUAUUUUUUAGGUCCCCCUCGAGCUGCCAGACCAGCUCUGACCAGUCGAGACAUAGACUGACAUAGACAGUCCACAUGACAUCUGAAGGUGUCCUGCGUUAUCAGGCACCAAGAUGUGAGCAUCAGAUCAUUUAAGUCCUGUAAGUUGCGAGGUGGGGCCUUCAUGGAUCAGACUUGUUUUUCCAGCACAUCCCACAGAUGAUCGAUGGGAUUUAGAUCUGGGGAAUUUGCAGGACACGUCAACACCUUGAACUCUUUGUCAUGUUCCUCAAACUAUUCCUGAACAAUUUUUGGAGUGUAGCAGGGGGCUUUAUCCUGCUGAAAGAAGCCCCUGUCAUCACGAAGUGCUGCUGCCAGCAAGGAGUGUACUUGAUCUGCAGUGAUGUUUAGGUAGGUAGUUCGUGUCAAAGUAACAUCCACAUGAAUGCCAAGACCCAAGGCUUCCCAGCAGAACGUUGCCCAGAGCAUGCUUUCUUCCCAUAGUGCAUCCUGGUGCCAUCUCUUCCCCAGGUAAAUGACACACCCUGCCGUUCACAUGAUGUGAAGGAAAACAUGAUUCAUCAGACUAGGCCACCUUCUUCCAUUGCUCCAUGGUCCAGUUCUGAUGCUCACAUGCCCAUUGUUGGAGCUCUCAGCGGUGGACAGGGGUCAGCAUGAGCCCUCUGACUGGUCUGCUGUUAAGCAGCAAGCUGCGAUGCACUGUGUUAUGACAGCUUUCUAUUAUACCCAGCAUUUAGGUUUUCAGCAGUUUGUGCUACAGUAGCUCUUCUGUGCUACCGGACCACACAGGCCAGCAUUUGCUCCCCACAACCUUCAGUGAGCAGGUGCCACAUGACCCUGUCACUAGCUCACUGGUUUUCCUUCCUUUGACUGCUUUUGGUAGGUACUAACCACUACUAACCGGGAACACCCCACAAGACCUGCCCUGGUGCUCUGACCCAUUUGUCCAGCCUUCACAGUCUGGCCCUUGUCAAGGACACACAGAUCCUUAUGCUUGCCCAUUUUUCCUGCUUCCAACACAUCAACUUCAAGAACUGCCUGUUCAGUUACUGCCUAAUAUAUCCCACCCCUUGAAAGGUUCCAUUGCAACAAGAUAAUCAAUGUUAUUCACUUCACCCGUAAGCGGUUCUAAUGUUGUGGCUGAUUGGUGUAGAUUCUCAUAGGUCUAUGGUUUUCAUGUUCACACUCACUUCAAGUGUGAAAAUGUUUUUAUAUUUGAAUUAAAAAAGAUCUCCAAAAGUCUUAUAUGGAAAAAAAAACAACAACUUGCAGACAUCCUGAAAUACACGCACAAACACCCCAUUUAACCCAAAUCCAAACCUACUGAAACCUCCAAGGUGGUCCUUUGCCCCUUCUUAGGGAUAAACAUCAAAACCUUCAGGUAGCAGACCACCUGACCUUUGACCUCAUGACCAGGAGUUUGUAGAUAUUGUGUAUGUACAUAUUUUACUAGACUAGGAAAUGAAUGUUUGAAAUAUUUAUAAGGAAUAGCACUUUGUGGGACUCUUUUCAAUAUUUUCUAUUCGGUCUAUCAUUGACUUUACUGAUAAAAUACACUAUAUUUACUGUAUAUGUACUGUAAGGACUCCUCAUUCUUGUGUCCUGCAUUUUAAUUUUUUCCAAAUGCCAGGGAAAAAUUUGAUGGUAGGUUUAAGUCUUUUAAAAUAGUUUGACGAAACCGUCUCAGCUCCAGGUCCACCUACUAGCUUUUUCCAGAGCUUUCAAACCAUAUCACGUGUUCUCCAUCCAUUUGCUUUUUAUCUUCAGACUAGUUCAUUGCAAGACACUCAGUAAGAAUAAUCAAAAUCAUUGAAUAGAAACCAUUUAAAACCAAUAAACUGCUCACCCCCAUAUAUGAUGCCUUCCCAUCAUGUCAACAUCAGCCAUGUUUCUUUGCGUCAGAUUCUCAGCCACUGGUCAACAGUAUGUGCAUGUCCACUGAGUGGCAGAUUUAGGUGCAGUGAUUUGUGAUACAGGAUCCCUCCUCAUUCCUGAAAAAAACCCCAUCUCAUUAAAUACUGUACAUGGCAGCAGGCUAUGUUCCUUUACAGACUUACGUGCAGCUUGUAUUGAAACUGAUUGGCUCAGUGUCCUGUCUUGUCUGUUCUCUGCUGUGUUGUCAUCCUGUCUGUUUAGACUCCCACUCUAAAAUCCUACCAGUUCUUACUUUUUAUCAGCAUUCAUUCUGAAGCACUUUUAUGAUUAAAAAGCUAAUUCUACUAUAGCCCAUAUGUGUAUGUAUGGGCACUUGAAGAAUGUAUAUUCAGAUUACUGUGUCCAGUGCCUCCUGUAUGUACUGUAUGAGUAUGUUUGAACGUGUGUGUUUCGUCUCUUGCAUACUCUUUCCUUAUUUAAUUUUAUCUAAGACACACAGUUUAUGUUUUGUCUGUUUACUAAGAUGAUUUUCCCAUUGUGAUUUUGCACAUGUUCAAGUUGAACGUUUCAAAGUGACUGUCACACUUGCAUAGCCUUCCUUUCAUUAUUGAAACAUUGUUUUUCUCAUCUGUAUGAGUGUGAAUAAUUUUAUUUUGCUGUCACAUUCAAGGAUAAUGAAAAAUCCUACCAUAACAACAUGGUGUAGCUCCCAUUACGCGUAAGGAUAAAGAAAUGUCAUUUUCGAUGUAAAAAAUGAUUUUAAUUCCUUGUACUGGACAAUUACUUUUCAGUCAUUUAAAAAUCCAAACAGCUUUUAG